CUGAGAAGUUUGAGGGUACGCUUUUGGCGUCAUAUUGGUGGCAGUGCAGGGAGUUCUAGUUUCACAGGUUCCGACCUUCUCCCACCGUUCUUUGGGUGUAAACGUCCCCGGAUUUUAAUUCUUUCAAACGGCCAGCGUCCUAAAUGGCCACUGAAAAGGAAAAAGGAACAUGCCGAGACAUCAGCCUGCAUCCCUGCGCAUGUGCAGUGACCUGAGCUGCGAAUCCUGGGCGUGGCCUGAGCGUGGAUAAUUCGCGCUUGCGCUCAUCUCGCUUCGUGCGGCUGCUGCCGGGAGGCUACUGGAGUAUGUCGGCCCCGUUUGAGGAGCGCAGUGGGGUGGUUCCGUGCGGGACGCCGUGGGGCCAGUGGUACCAGACCUUGGAGGAGGUGUUCAUUGAAGUUCAGGUGCCGCCUGGCACUCGCGCCCAGGAUAUCCAGUGCGGCCUGCAGAGCCGGCAUGUGGCGCUGGCCGUGGGUGGUCGCGAGAUCCUCAAGGGCAAGCUCUUUGAUUCAACAAUAGCUGAUGAGGGAACAUGGACUUUGGAGGACAGGAAAAUGGUCCGUAUUGUUCUUACAAAGACAAAGAGAGAUGCAGCAAAUUGUUGGACUUCUCUUCUGGAAUCUGAAUAUGCAGCUGAUCCUUGGGUGCAAGACCAAAUGCAGAGAAAACUUACAUUAGAGAGAUUCCAGAAGGAAAAUCCUGGUUUUGACUUCAGUGGAGCAGAAAUCUCAGGAAACUACACUAAAGGUGGACCAGAUUUCUCAAAUCUUGAAAAAUAACUACUACUUUUCUUUCACUGCAUUCUGUGGAUCCCAACAAAGUUGCCAACAUAAAGGAACAGAUUAUGUGGGGGAAGGAAAUGUGGAUACCUGCAGUUAACAAAUUGCAAAAUAUAUUUAACUAUGGUUCUAAAAAUUGCAUUCAAAUAUCAUUUACAUAGGAAACAAAUACUGUGGAAACUAUUCUACUGAUAUAGAGUAACUUUUUUUGGACUUGUUUUUUUUCUCAGCAUGAAGUUUUAUAUGCUGCAUUUUACUAAUUUCAUAUUUAACCUGUAUUUUUAAUACAAAAAACAUUAGGGUAUAGAUCAUGUGAAAUGACCGGUGCCUUCAGGGACAAUUAAAUUUUUCUUUCGAUAAGUGUAAUGCAGGAAUAAUGUUCAAUAAACUUUUCUAAAUAGGAA